AUGGACUCCAACAAGGCCUUCGGAGCGAGGCAGUACGGCCUCCUCGGCGUGUACAAGCAGCGCGCCAUGCUGGUGCUCGCGCUCGCCUGCGUCCCGAUCGCCGUCGUCUGGGCCAACGCCGGCCAGAUCCUCAUCCUCAUCGGCCAGGAUCACGACAUCGCUGAGGAAGCUGGCGCCUACUCGCGGUGGCUCAUACCGUGCCUCGUUCCUUACGUCCCGCUCGCGUGCCACAUCCGGUUCAUGCAGACGCAGGGCAUCGUUGUGCCAGUGAUGGCCAGCUCCGGCGUCACGGCGCUGAGCCACGUCUUCCUGUGCUGGGCGCUGGUGUUCAAGGCCGGCAUGGGGAGCAAAGGCGCUGCGCUGAGCAACACCAUCUCCUACUGCGUCAACCUGGCCAUGCUCGCUCUCUACGUGAGGCUGUCAGGCGCGUGCACGAGGACAUGGACAGGAUUCUCCACCGAGGCUUUCAAAGAGCUGCGCCGGUUCACCGAGCUCGCCAUCCCAUCGGCGAUGAUGGUCUGCUUGGAGUGGUGGUCAUUUGAACUACUCGUGUUGCUCUCUGGCCUUCUGCCCAAUCCUAAGCUUGAAACCUCAGUAUUGUCGAUAUGUCUCAACACUGGUUCGUUGCUGUUCAUGAUACCAUUUGGUCUCUGUACAGCCAUAAGCACACGAGUUUCGAAUGAACUUGGCGCCGGUCAGCCCCAUGCAGCGAAGCUGGGAACUCGAGUGGUCAUGUGUAUCGCCAUGUCUGCCGGCGUGGUUCUAGCCUUUACCAUGAUUCUGCUACGCAAUUUCUGGGGCUAUAUGUACAGCAAUGAACCUGAAGUUAUCACAUACAUUGCAAAAAUGAUACCUGUUCUCGCGAUAUCAUUCUUCACUGAUGGGCUUCACAGUUCUCUAUCCGGAGUACUGACCGGAUGCGGUGAGCAGAAGGUCGGCGCUCGUGUUAAUCUCGGUGCGUUCUACAUGGUCGGCGUUCCCAUGGCCGUUUUGCUUGCAUUUGUUCUCCAUCUUAACGGAAUGGGUCUUUGGCUAGGUAUUGUCUGUGGCAGCCUCACCAAACUUAUGUUGCUCAUGUGGAUCACAGUGCGUAUAAACUGGGAGAAAGAGGCAACGAAGGCACAUUCAGUUCAUCUCUUCCCAUAGCAUGAUAGUGUUAUGUGUAACUGGACAAAUAACACGGCAAUGGCGCCAUCGCAGCUCCACACAAUCAUCCCACUGCGCACAACACAAGGAAAUUGACAGACAUUUGGGAUACAUUUUCUCUAAGUUAGCAAAUAACCAUUUUUCUUCAGUAUCCUGCCCAUCAGGAUAUGAUUUGUUAGUGCCUCCGUUUAUCAAAGAGGUUUCAUUGAUUACACUGUAACUUAUAAAUAGAUAUUAAGUUUAAUGCCUUUAUUUA